AUGGCAAGUCUGCUCCAGAGUCUCCACCGUCUCACCUACUGGCUUGUCGGCGGAACCGACACGCAGCCGCCCGCUGUCCCCGUGCCGUCGAAGUUCCAACCUCUCCUAGGAGAGGUGCUCGUCUUCCUGAACCUUCGCGGCAAUGUUCCGAGCAACUGGUCCCGUGAGCAAAUCAUGAGCUACGUGGACAACUCGAUCACGGACAGCGAACUCCAGGCCCACGCGAUCAACUUUUUGAAAGAGACCGGCCGCUACACCGUGGACACUAAGCUGGCGGCGACAAAAACGACAAGCACCGACGCAGGAGCAGGACUCGGCGAGUUUGAAGGUGGGAAGUAA